AAGGACGCGCGGGAAGACAAGAAGGAAAAGAGGACGUCACGAGCGUGCCUGGCGUGCAGAGCGCGCAAGUCGGCCUGCCACCUGCCUACCGUCGACGGAGUCGCAAGCACGCCAUGUGAGAGAUGUAAGGCUUCCAACCUCGAGUGUGUCAUUGGAUCCAGCAAUCGCGGCGGCCGACGCGUGAGGAAGCGGCCGCUCGACCAAGCAGCCCUCGCCGACAAUGCUCGUCAGCCACCGCGCGAGUCGCCUGCAUCAGCAGGUGCUCAAGAUCACAUCACCUUUCCGAGCGACGCCAUAUCGCCCACAACCCAGCGGACGCACUGGCCCGGCCACGAUUACGGCGCCACCGCAGACACUUCAUUCCUGGGCAACCGCGGCACCAGAGAAUCUUCCACGGUCUCUGGCAUUGCCUUCAACGACCUGCAAAAUCCAAGUGAUGCGCUCGGCAUUUUGGCGCAGAUCGCAAGCAACGGCGGCAACGGCGAGACCGCCUAUGGUGAUUCUCAUCACUACCUACGCCCAAACAGUUCCCAGCUCGAAUAUGCUCUGGUUCGAGACGGCAAGCUCGACCUCUCGAAGAUCAUCCAGCUGCUGCAGCGCUACAAGCAUUGCUAUCAUCCCUACUUUCCGCUUGUGCCUAGACAUACCCUGGAUGCAGUCCAUCUGACCAGGACUGCGAGAGAAGAGGCCCACCUGCUGACUGCCAUCUUGGUCGUAGCCUCGCGCGAUCUGACUGACGAGCCUCACAUCUUUAUUGCUUGCUCUGAGUACAUGCGCUCACUUGUCUCGGCUCUUGCUGCUGGUGGAGCCGGCAAUGUCGAAGCUGUUGAGGCGCUACUGGUCUUAGCCGAAUGGACCCCUUACACUUCACGUUCAGAAGCUGGACAUGUGGGUCGAGGAGAAGAAGACCGAGAAGCAUGGAUGCACGUGGGCAUGGCUUUGAGAAUUGGCUACUUCCUGGGUCUCGACCGGUACUCCUUUCACGUCCGCGGUGAUGACAUCAAAGACCCUCACUGGCAGCGGAAACGACUGGUCUGGACUGCUUGCUAUAUCAGCGACCGGCAAAUCAGCAUACGGUUAGGGCGUGCGUUUUGGUCUCGCGGUCCAGGUCCACUGACCACCCUCUCCAAGGCCGAUUUUCCUAUGCUGGCGCCCAAGAUACCUGGCGAGGAAGAUUAUGCUAGCCUUUUCCAGGCCACGUUGGAGCUGACACUUCUAUUUUCGAAUGUCCACGACGUCCUCUACUCAAAUCCCGGCAAUAGCAUGCGAAGCCAUCUGGCUGGAGGCUACAUCAAAUACAUCGACGACUUUCGCUCGGCAAUCUAUGGUUGGAAGAGUGUAUGGGGCACGCUCACCUGCUCGCCGCACUUGAAGGCCACUCUACUGAUGUCGUACGACUACCUGAGACUCUACACGAAUGCGUUCGCCUUUCAUGCCACCGUGAAGCGAGCACUUCCACAGAUCCAACAGAAUCAAGAGAGUCGGCGAGGGGCGCAUCCUGCUCCUGGCCGAGUCUUCUACAACAAUGUUGGCGCUGUCGGCGAUGCUCGCUUCAUCUACGAAGGCCUAGAUGCUGCCAAGAGCCUCCUUAGUAUGUUCAACAAUUUUGUCGAUCCGGAAAAAUCUCUUCGAUUCAUGCCACUGCGCUUCUAUCUCUACUCGAUCUACUCCGGCGUGUUUCUGUACAGAGCCAGAUGUGUUGGUGUGCUUGCCGCGGACGAAGAACAAUCGGUCCGAGCCAUGGUGAAGGAAACGGUCAACAGGCUCGAGAGGUCAGGCAUCGGCAUGCAGCACCCCGGCAAUCGCUAUGCGCAACUGCUGAAGCUACUAUGGGAUAAAGUUGAGCGGAAGGAGAGAAAAGGUAAGACAACCUUCGAUCUGCGAAGCAAUUCUACUGCUACACUGCAGAACCCAUACCGGCCCGGAAGCGUGGGUGGUCCAACUCCUGCCUCAAACGCAUCGACAAAGACACAUGACUCGCCGGCUCACACAGAACUCAUGGGCGAUUUCUCUUGGACAGACCUGGACGCCAUUGGAAACUUUGCGAUCAACGGAAAUGGUGGUGCCGCGAUCAGCGAUGCGGAUUGGUGGUCUGGAUUCCUUCCUGCGGAC